AUGGAUGCAAAACUUCCGUUAAACACUGACCUCAUUUGCCAAAUGACUUUUGAGCUGUCAUUCACGGCUUAUGUGUCACACGAUUAUUGGGCUGGAUACACCACAUCAGCAUACCACGUGCAACUUUUGCACAUGCCUGAUGAGGAUCAAGGCCUUUUCUCUAGGUUUCAUCAUUGCCUCAAGCUGAUCACCAACGACAGGUUUAUUAGUGCCACUCAUAGAGUUCUGUCGAACAGUCCAGGUCCAAGAAUUUCAGUGGCAACUUUCUUUGCGCCUCGGAAUUCAAUCGGCAAUGCCCCAAUAAUUUAUGGGCCAAUCAAGGAGUUAUGCAAAGAAAAUCCCCCAAUUUACAAAGAAAUCACCGUAGGAGAAUUCUACAAGCUCUGCUUCUCAGACAGGCUUAACGGAACCUCUUCUUUACAACACUUAAGACUUUGA